UUCAAGUACUUUUCGAUUUUUCUGUAAUACUUUACUGUGAUUGUUGAACUGUGACUGUUUUUGUUAAAUAUUAACAUGAUAGCAUAGCAUAGCAUAUUUUUGAGAACGACGAUGUAAAAUAGUCGAAAUUUAUACAAAAUUUAAAUAUUUGAAAGAAUAUGUAACACGGUCUCUCUAGGCAAUUUUGCAAAUUGCGUAUGUUAAAACUCUGUCAAAUAACACGUUUUUAAAAAUUUAUUCAGCUCCAGAAACUACUAGUUUAAAUGAUAUGAUCGAAAAACGUCCGAGUCUGCAUGAUAAUAUUUUGAUGUUGAAAUGCAUUUAUUCGAGACACAGAGCAAAGCGCCAAACGUACGAUUCUGCAUUUUCUGAAAAUUCUAUCCUCCUGAAUGAUGCAUAUCUGCCGAUAACGAACAUUGCAGCUUCCUAUAAUCGAUUUCACGUGCCACGACGAAUAAUGGUUGACACGAUCAGCGAUCCGUCCUAUCCGUCUUCCUAUGUAAAUGAUUCGGUACAAGGGACGGAGAUCGUAAGCCAUGCAGCCGUUCAAUUUCCAUCGUAGGUGUGCACGCCUACGAACGAUCCGAGUUAAAUGACAACGAUGAAAACAACGGCAUAAUUAAAAUUCAUCGAUUUAUAGAUCGCUCGACUAUAUACAUAAAUUGGACGGUGUUAAAAUAACUCGAAGAAUUAUGACGACUAAAAUAUAAUAAUGUUUUAUAAAACUUUUUUGUCAUAUUCUCAAGGCAGCUAUUCGCAAAUUAAAUUAAAUUAUUAUGCGACAAAAUAGAUUUAUUAGCUUGAAAUUGCAUUAUUUCGGGUAUUUAUCUUUUACAUCUCUAUAUAUGGGAUUACCUAGAUAUAUAGCCUUUCAAUCCUAGCUACGCAAGGAUAUCAGCAUCUUCCAACUAAUCUACAUUAAUGCGCUUAGGAAGGGGAAGUUCUUGCAGUCAAGUUGUGCAACGUAGUCUCAUCGGCAAAGUUGCUUUGUUACUCAUUCGAGUUGAGAAAUGACUAAAUUCCUAAUUUCGAGAAUAUGAAUUAUGUGGAUAUAUAUUCGUACGCAUCUUAAUAAUAUAUUUAAUAAAACUUCUCAUAAUUUUUUUUAAAUCCUUUCUAUUUCGUUUUUCGAAAAUGUGCAUAAAUUUGAUAAUAAACGCGAAUAAAUUGAGAUAGUUUUUAGCAUUUUUCUUCUUUGGACCCUCCAAAAAUGGCUUACACGCUGUGAGCCUCGAGUUCCUGAUAAUCUCGACGAUAAAUUCGAUGUACUAUCAAGGAGACGGGAUACGUGCCAGCCUUGCUAAAUGUCGGGCGUAUACCCUGGAUACAGACGAAUGAGGCGCUUUCUGGAUACGGAACCGAUUCUGCUCCGUCUUGCUUUAAAUGGCAAAGGAUUGACCCGGAUCAACCUUUUAAAGUUAUACCCUGAUAAACCACGCUCGAACAAAAGGUCGGCUGAGAAACCGUUCCGGUGAUUCGAUUGCACGUGAACGAGAGGUGUCCAGAAAAUGUGCAGCAAACCACUUCGUUCAUCAACUGCGGUUUCAACAAUAAGUUACGUGAUUCGUCGCAUCAUAAAUAUCAGUGGGAAACGACUUCCUGGAACGUUAUAACGGAUUCCGCACUACUUCCAAAGCCGAAAAGCAGUAUCGUUACUCCGGAGGAAAUCUUUGGAAGUCGCACAUGUUGCGACGCCACAGCUAUUGGCAAUAUCUCGCUGUUGUGCGCACGUGAAUUAUUUUACUGAACCUGAACAAAGGGGAAAAGAAAGAUCGGAUACCGUGCGAAUACAUCAUAGGCUUUCCAACAAUUCCGACUGCAUUUCAAAAACCACGGGGGAUGCGAAGUCCGACGGGCGAUGACAGGAUCAGCGUGGGGGUCGAGGUUCUGCCUCGUAUUGGCGGCAAUCACAAUCGUUAUCGCCAAUUAUCCACGGCAUCGCGACAGACACCUGCGCGAGCAGCUCGUUAACAGCCACAAAGUCACCAGGAAUAUCACUCAACUGCAAGAAAUAAUCGCCAAUCUGCCUCCCCUGCGAAUUCCGCGUUUGAGGCAUCACCGUGUCACGGAUUGGGAUCCGUAUUUCGAAAAUGCAGAUGGUCAGGGUAUCAACGGCUCGCAAAAUGUGGCAUUGCACUUAGGUGCAACAGCCUAUCUUGACUGUCGCGUCGCUAUGCUCUCUGGCAAAAAGGUAAUGUGGUUACGACGGAAUACCGAUUGGGCGUCCCUCUUAACUCUCGGGAACACUACCCACAUAUCGGACUCAAGAUACAGCGUGAGCUUUCAGUAUCCAAACAAUUGGAGAUUGGCCAUCUCCGGUAUACAGAGAGAAGAUCACGGAGUGUACGUUUGCCAAGUGAAUACGCAUCCGCCGAGAAUGCUGGUCACGAACGUUACCGUUCUUGCGCCGGAUAUUAGAAUCAUCGACGAAGCCAGACAUGAGUUACGGGACCGAUAUUACAAGACCGGAAGCGGAAUCGAGCUAGCGUGCGUCGUCCGGCCGUCCUGCCCCGAUUCGAGGGUGCCGUAUCCCGUGUGGCGAAAAAAUGGCGAGACGUUGCCGGAUCACGUCAACGUUUAUCACAUUAAUGGGUCAAACGAAGAUCUGGUGACGAGGCUCUACAUCGAACGAGCGAAAAAGACUGACAGCGGGGAAUAUACGUGCUCAGUAAGCCAAUUCAGCACGACCGCGGUGCAUAUUCACGUCCUAAAUGGUGAAAAACAAGCUGCUGUCCAUCACGAUCAAUGGAAUGCGGCACGUACCAAUUGUUACACAGCUUUUACUGAGCUCUGCGUUGUGUUUGCCAGUUUACUUAUUUACAUGUGGCAAAAUUAUUCUCUGUGAAACUCCAUUACUAAUGUUAAGUUUGCAUCGCAUCAAAUUACACGUACUUCGACGUACACGUACUUCUGAUGUAUAUAUUUCUGUAUAUUACUUCGAGCUCAACAAAAUACGUGCUUUUGAUUAAUACGACAGUACUGUUAUGAAUGCGAAUCCGUUGAAUAAAUCUGUGUCAGUAUUAUAAGAUCAGUAUUAUAAGAUUAUAA